UGUGUGUGUGAGUGUGUGUGUGCGUUCCAUGACACGCUGUGCCCGUGAGGAUGAUUGCGGACAAUAAACUCGCACGCGGCGAUAUUUUAAAGUAGGGAAGACAGAGGCGAUCUUAGCCAGCCAGCAUCGACAAGCAAAGCGACGAAACGGUGAAGUGCAAAGGACCCCCUGGGCAAACAAACCGAGAGAUAUGUGGCAACAGUGGAGUGCCGCCGCGCAGCCCGCGGCCGCCGCUGCGGCGGUAAUGCCGACCGCGGCCGGACAGUCUUUUGUGCCGGCGGGACUCGGAGUGCUCGGCACGGUGGGGUGGCCCGCGGCAACGCCGGCGACUCAGCCGGCCGUCUCGUACGCCUGGCCCCAGUGGACCGCCGCUGCUACGACGACCAGCGUCGCCGCCGCGGUACCCACCGCGACGCCCGCGGCCGAUGCCGGCGCAGCGGCGCCGGCCGCCGCUACCACAGCCGCUGCGGCAGCAACACAGGAGGCCGCGGCUGCGACGCCCGAGGAUGCGGAGCGCAUGCAGCAGCUCAAGACCCAGGCUCACGCCUGGCAGCAGGCACAGCAGCAGGCCUGGCUGGCCUGGUCCCAGCAGUGGGCCGGCUGGACGUCGGCCUACGAGGCAGCUGCGGUUGGCUCCCAGCAGGCAGCUGUGGCACCCAAGGCAAAUCAGGCUGCACCAGUGGCACCAGCAGCACCAGCAGCAGCGCCAGCAGCAGCUCCUGCACCUGUCACUGGUGCCCCUUCCGUGGAUGCAGAGGAUGCAGAGUUUGAGCGGCAGUUCAAAGAGUGGGAGAAGAGUUUUGAGAACUGGCUGACCCAGAACCGAGACCACCCGGACAAAGAGGCAUUUGCGCGGUACGAAACCCAGUGGAAGCAGUGGCGUCAGCAGCUGCUGGAUCGCCGCCAGGAGAUGCGUCAGGCGAAGUCCACAGGUGCAGCAACGAGUCAGCCAGCUGGUCAGGCACCUCCAGCAACCAGUGCUCCUGCAGCAGGAGGUGCUCCAGCUGCCCCAUCGCAGCAGCAGCAACAACAGCAGCAACAGCAGCAGCAAAUGUUGGCCCAUCAACAGGCCCUUGCUCAGCAUCAAGCGUUCGCCCAGCAACAACAGCAUCAGCAAGCCCUUAUGCAACAGCAGGCACUGGUGCCCCAAGCUGCAGCAGCAAUGUUGCCUCAGGCAGCUAUGGUACCCCAAGCAGCAGCCAUGAUGCCACAAGGCAUGAUGCCACAGGCAAUGGUUCCACAGGGCAUGAUGCCACAGGGCAUGGGACACCAGGGCAUGGCCCCACAGGGUAUGACUCCCCAGGGAAUGCCACACCAGGGCAUGACCCCACAAGGCAUGCCACCACAGGGCAUGAUGGCACAGGGGAUGGGGCCACAGGGCAUGAUGCCCCAAGGAAUGAUGGGCGCAGGCAUGAUGCCACAGGGCAUGCCAGGCAUGAUGCAACACCAGGGUCCCCCUCCAUCCCAGCAAGAGCAAGGCCCCCCCUCAGGCAUGGGACCACCACAUCGAGGCAUGGGUCCUAGGGGGGGCAUGGGCCCCCGAGGCGGAAUGGGCCCACGAGGGGGCAUGCACCCGCAGGGAGGCAUGGGCCCACCACACGGGGGCAUGGGUCCCCAGGGUGGUAUGGGUCCCCAGGGUGGUAUGGGUCCCCAGGGUGGUAUGGGUCCCCAGGGUGGUAUGGGUCCCCAGGGUGGCAUGGGGCCUCAAGGUGGCAUGGGGCCUCAAGGUGGCAUGGGGCCUCAAGGUGGCAUGGGGCCUCAAGGUGGCAUGGGGCCGCGAGGAGGCAUGGGGCCGCGAGGAGGCAUGGGGCCGCGAGGAGGCAUGGGGCCACGAGGAGGCAUGGCUCCCCAGGGUGGUAUGGGGCCGCAAGGAGGUAUGGGUCCACGGGGAGGCAUGAGCCCCAGAGGUGGCCCGAGGGGUGGUCCACGAGGACGUGGUGGACCACGAGGUCCUUCUGACUUUGGACCCUACCGGCCCCCACUGUCCCCACAGCAGCAACAACAGCACUUCCCUGGAGGCCAGCCUGAAGGGGCAGAUGAUGAUGGCGAUGGUGGUGGCUUUGGGGGAGGCAGGCCCUUCGGAGGACGAGAUGGGCCACGUGGAAGGCCCCCACGGGGUGGACCUCCAGGACGUGGGGGACGUGGUCGCCCAUUUGGUAGUGGUGGGGGCCCUCCCGAAGAACCCUUUGGAGGUGAGCCAGACUUUGGUCCUGAAGGUGACGAGUACGAAGGUGGCCAUGACCAAUUUGAAACACCCCAUCACCAUGACUUUGGGCCUGCUCCCCCGGGCAAGUUUGGAGGCCCUCCAGACAAGCCAGAGUUCGGUGGGAUGCGGCACCCAUCACCGUAUGUGUGGCAGAACCCAAACCAGCGAGGUGGGGGCAGGGGGGCACCGAGGGGUCGUGGUGGGUUCUUUCCUGGCCAGCGCCCUCCUCCUCCCGAUCAGUGGGGUGGUGGCCCUCCUGAUGACUGGAGGCCUGGCCCGCCCGAUGACUGGAGGCCUGGCCCUCCCGAUGACCGAAGACCUGGACCUCCAGAUGACCGGAGGCCUGGACCUCCAGAUGACCGGAGGCCUGGACCUCCAGAUGACCGGAGACCUGGACCUCCCGACGACCGGAGGCCUGGACCUCCAGACGACCGGAGGCCUGGACCUCCAGACGACCGGAGGCCUGGACCUCCAGACGACCGGAGGCCUGGACCUCCCGACGACCGGAGGCCUGGACAUCCCGACGACCGGAGGCCUGGACAUCCGGACGACCGCAGACCAGGCCCUCCCGACGACAGGAGACCUGGCCCCUUUGAUGACCGGAAGCCUGGCCUUUUUGACGACUGUAGGCCUGGCCCUCAUGACAACCGUAGGCCUGGUCCUCCUGAUAACCGCAGGCCUGGGCCUCCUGAUGACAGGAACUCAGACUGGAGUGGCGGCCCUCCUCCAGAGAAGCGUUGGAGAGGUCCACGAGAAGAUGAAGAUGAUGUUGUAGCUGGUGGACGUCCUAACGGGGAGCCUCCACGUGAUUUUGAGCCCCAGCCGGGCCCUCCACGUCAGCAACCACCGUUUGACCCAGAACGCAAGGAUCUCAAGCGAGACAUGCCUGAAGGAGAGCUGCCCCCGCACGGCAAGGGUGAUCCGGAGGCUGAGCCCGAACGACCACCCCGUCCAGAGUCUGAGAUGAACGAGGGUGACAUGCGCGGGCGACGUGGCCCGGGGGGACCCCUGCCGGUCAGGAGCCCCCCACGACCAGGGCAGGAUGUAUUCGCCGAGGAUCAGUGGGAUGGCUUUGAAGACGGUGAGCCGUGGCCUCCGGGACCUCAUCGGGGCGGCGGCCCCCCACCACCAUGGAUGGGCGGACCUCCGAGAGGGGGCCCCAUGCAACGCCGUCCACCAAGGGGUUUCCCCCCGAUGCGGGGCGAGCCUCGUGGAGGGAUGAGAGGACGCCCAAUGCCCCCACCGGGCGGUUGGGACAUGCCUGAGUGGGGACCCCCUCCCCCUUGGGGGGGCCCCAUGCGUGGAGGGCCUCGGCCGCCCCCGCCGGAGUGGAGACCUCGCCCGCUUCCACCACACAUGUACCCGGACGAGCCGCCGUUUGACUGGGAUCGGCGGCCGCCGCCCCCCUGGGCAGAGGAGCCGCCAGAGGCACCGUGGGAGCCCGAAGUGAUUGACUACGGUCAUCGGCCAGCCGACCUGCCUGGAGGAGCGAGGUUCGAGUCGUUUGAUUAUGGCCAUGGGAAAAGUGCAGAGGAGGCAAGGCAACAACAACCCAAAGUGAUGGACUACGGUCAUGGAGCCACAUUCCGCGAGCGCAUGCCAGUCAUUGACGACCUGGAACUUCCACCGGCAUUCAGGGAUAGUGGUAGUCGUCAUAGUACCCCAGAACCACCAGCACUGCCGCCUGCCCCCCCUGAACCGCAAGUGAUCUCUGUUGAAGAUCUGCUGGGGCUACCUGGUCGCGAGUCACGUCCACCACUGCUGUGCGUGAUCGUGCGCGGCCCGCCAGGCUCGGGCAAGUCGUACCUGACACGGCUUCUGAAGGAGCGCGAGAUGGGUGCUGCCGGGAGCGUGGCGCCGCGGGUACUUGCCCUCGAUGACUACUUUAUGCAGGAAGUGGAGGUGUCCGAGCUUGAUCCCGACACUGGCAAGCGUGUCAAACGAAAGGAGUUCCGGUACGAGUAUGAGGCAGACAUGGAGGACGUGUAUUUUAGCAGCCUGCUGAAGUCGUUCCGCAAGACAGUGGAUGGCCGGCUUUUCUCAUUUGUGCUUGUCGAUGCGGUGCUGGCACGGGUACAGCAGCUGGAGCAGUUUUCAGGCUAUGCACGCCAGAAUGGGUUCCAAGUGUACGUCUGCGAGCCAGACUGCCUGGAUCCUGAGGAGUGCCACAGGCGCAACGUGCAUGGCCGCUCCAUCGAGGACAUCAGACGGAUUGUGGACUCCUGGGAGCCAGCACCCAGGCAAUACCCCCGACUCGACUGCAGUGUACUACUCAAUGAGAUGGAAGACAUGGACGGAGAGCUGCCCCCAGCCGACACUGAAGACAGUGUAGGUGGUGGUGGUGAUGGUGACGGCAAUGAUGCUGCACCUGAAGACGAGGAGGAGGAGGAGGAGCCCGUCCACAAGCCGAGCCGGUGGGAGCUAAUGACAGAUACUACAAGUAGCGGAGAGCGACUCUUAAAACUGGAUGGCCUGAGUAGCCAGAAGCUUAAACACACCUCCAUGGACGACUAUCUACAGUUGCCCGACGACUACGAGGAGCGGCAUAGUGAGCCAGGCAAAAAACGAGUGCGGUGGGCUGACAUAGAAGAGAGUAAACAACAGAAGCGUAUGCGGGACAUUGGCUUUGUUGUGGGCCAGACAGACUGGUCCAAGUUCACAGACCCCACCCAGGCCGAGAAGGCACUCACACGGACCAAGUACAUCUGAAUCACCCUCCUUCCCCUUCACUCAUCCUAAAGAAAAAAAAAAGAAAAGCACAUGGCCACUUAUUUUGUGUGUGCCUGUUUCAUUCUCGACAAAGGUUUCAUCUUUGUGUAUGCUCGUGCCCAGCAUGGAAGACUCUUGGAGCAAUCAGGUGGAAAACACCAGUGAAGCUAGCUCCGGCAGCUGUCGACGGGACAAUCGUUGCAGUGCUUGCUCUUCCAUACUGUUACAGCAAAGUUAUUAAAUGAUGCCCUUCAGAA